AUGUUUUACUCGCCGGAUUGCGUAAACGUGAAAGAAACAUUAAGAAAGAGUUCUUUUGUACGACUUGCUCGUUCGUUAGCUCGAUACGCCCAACGGAAUUGUUAUUCUCGAUCUGAUAGUUUGCUAAGUAACCGCACAUUAUACCCUUGUUCCCGUCGUUGCAAAUGGAUGUUACUUAAUAAACUUCAGGAUGCCUUUGCAACUGUCGGAGUUCAAAAUCCCGUUGAUUUACCGCAGAUUGUAGUUAUUGGUUCUCAAUCAAGUGGUAAAAGUUCAGUAUUAGAGAAUAUUGUAGGACGUGACUUCUUACCUAGAGGCACUGGCAUUGUGACCCGAAGGCCUUUGGUCUUACAACUUAUAAAUCGACCGAAAACCGAAGAUAAUUCAAGCAAAGAGGGUGUAAAGGACGCACCUGAGAAAGCUGCGAAAGCUGCGAAUGGUAAAGAAGAAACAUCAAAUAAUGAAGAAGAAUGGGGAGAGUUUUUACACAUUCCUGGAGUGAAAUUCAAUGAUUUCAACAAGAUUCGUGAAGAGAUUAUCAAGGAUACUGAAGCGAAAACGGGAAAAAAUGCUGGUAUCUCUCCAGCACCAAUAAACCUAAGAAUAUAUUCACCUAAUGUACUUACAUUAACGCUUGUUGAUUUGCCUGGACUUACAAAGGUGCCCGUUGGAGAUCAACCAAAGGACAUUGAAAAACAAAUCCGAGAGAUGAUUUUGAAAUAUAUCACCAAACCUAAUGCUAUUAUUCUUGCAGUUACUGCUGCUAAUACCGACUUAGCUAAUUCGGAUGGGCUGAAACUGGCCCGUGAAGUAGAUCCAGAAGGAUCACGUACUAUCGGAGUUCUUACAAAAAUUGAUCUAAUGGACCAAGGAACAGAUGUCGUUGACAUUUUAGCGGGUCGUAUUAUUCCCCUGCGUCUCGGUUAUGUACCUGUCGUGAAUCGUGGUCAAAAGGAUAUUGAUAGUAGAAAGGCUAUUACUGCUGCGCUUGAAGCUGAAAAAAAUUUCUUUGAGAACCAUCCUUCUUACAAAAGCAAAGCACAAUACUGUGGGACACCUUUUCUUGCCAGGAAAUUGAACAUGAUACUUAUGCAUCAUAUUCGAAACACGCUACCCGAAAUAAAAGCUAAAAUUCAAGCAGUGCUAGCAAAAUAUCUUCUCGAAUUACAAUCAAUUGGGGAUCCUUUAGAUGAUGGCCUUAAUAAUAAUGCCAAUAUUGUCCUAAAUAUUAUUACAGAAUUUUGUACAGAAUUUCGCACGAUCAUUGACGGAAAUUCCAAUGAACUUUCUUCUUUCGAGUUAGCUGGCGGUGCACGUAUUAGUUUUGUUUUUCAUGAGGUGUUUGCCAAUGGUAUAAAGUCAAUAGAUCCUUUUGAUCAAAUAAAAGACGUAGACAUUAGAACGAUACUUUACAAUUCUUCGGGAUCAGCACCAUCUCUUUUUAUCGCCUCAACUGCAUUUGAAGUGAUCAUAAAGCAACAAAUUAAGCGCUUAGAAGAACCUAGCUUAAAAUGUGUGACGUUAGUAUACGAAGAAUUGGUUCGAAUUUUAUCUCAAUUGUUGCAAAAACAGUUAUUCAAACGUUUUCCUGGACUAAAAGACAAGUUUUACUCUGUUGUCAUUAACUUUUACAAGAAAUCUCUGGCACCUACAAACAAACUUGUGCAAGAUCUUGUUAACAUGGAAGCAAGUUAUAUUAACACUGGCCAUCCUGAUUUCUUAAAUGGCCACAAAGUCAUUGCAUCUAUUAAUGACAAAUAUAACCCAAAGCCUGUAAACCCUGCAGAUCCAAAAACAGGCCGUGGAAGUAUUAACAAUCUUACCAAUCCGAAUCCGCUGUCAGAUUCCGAAUCAAUGAACACUGGAUUUUUCGGAAGUUUCUUUACAGGAAAUAAAAAGAAGAAAGCUGGCGUCAUGGAGGCUCCGCCGCCAGUUUUGAAAGCGUCAGGAAAUCUCUCGGAACGAGAAUCCAUGGAGACCGAAAUUAUAAAGACGCUUAUCCAAUCAUAUUUCAACAUUGUAAAAAGAACUAUUGUCGACAUGGUCCCAAAGGCUGUUAUGCUUAAUCUUGUCUCACAUACCAAAGAAGAACUCCAACGGGAACUAUUGCAAGAACUAUAUAAAGCAGAGGUUCUUGAUGAAUUACUUAAAGAAAGUGAAUACACCCAACAAAGGCGAAAAGAAUGUAAGAAGAUGAUUGAAGCCUUGCAAAAGGCCGAUGAGAUUGUCUCUGCUGUUUAA